UUUAUCACCAGGAAGCUAUAGGUCCAUGUGUGGGUUUUGAUUGAUGUCUCGUCUGGAAGAGUUUGCUUCUUACUGAAAUUCCACUGCAUUGCUCAGAUAGGUUAUCUCCUGUGCUUCCUGACGCAAGCAUUGCAUGUGCCCCAGGCUAUGGUGAUUUCCAGUUGUUCUAAAGCUUGGGCUGAGCUACUGGGAUGUGGCAGUCAGCUCUCCGGGCUGCUUUGCCACAGCAGUAUCUGGAUGUCUGUAUGCCAGUUUAUAGGUGGUUUAGAAAUGGAAAUAUAUUGGUCAAUGUAGUUUCAUUAGCUUAUAUGGUGACUGGAAGGCAGCUAUCACUUUCAUAUGUGGUUGAUGUAAUUAGCCAACCAUCUAGAGCAACAUUUCUUUUGCAAGUGCCUUUGUUUCCUUAAAAUGCAGAAUAAGGAAUGAAUUAAAAUCUGUUGCUGUAUUACUGUAAGCCCCAUGUAAGAGGUGCCCUGUAAGAAGUGCCAAACCCAACUCAGUAAAAGGAAAAGCCAGAGGAUUGGUUUGAAGGGCAGGUGCUCAGCUGGGGAAAGUGUCCGAGUGUGAGUGAGAGCAGAAGCCACAGAUGCAGUCCAGGUGAGGGCGUCUGCCAGCCUCAGGCGAGCAAAGGCUUCCCUCCAGGAACCGAAACCAGCGCAAACCAGGAAGCAAAGAGAAAUAUUCAGGCUGUCCACGUCAGAGACUGCUAAGGAAACAGGCAGGUCAGCUUAGUUAAUCAUUAGCAGAACAGACUUUACAGGCGUUCACUGCUGAUCAGAUGACAGGACCCUAUCUGAGAUAAGAAAACACCCAUCCCAAAUAAUAAGAGUUGAGAAGCCUCCCGUGCUCAGAUGUUCUGACUUUGUUGUUUUGCUGUGGGAGAAGAGGCUCCAUGCUCCCCCAUGGUUCCCGGAGCUCAGCCUAGCACAACUUUCCUGUUCUGAAGAGGAAGUGAGAAAUUCCCUCCACAUGUGCUCCAGCACUGGAAUAUUCAGGUUUCAGUCCCGAUCCAGGAGCUGCCUAUAAUGAGCUCUCAGUGGUCCUCAGAGAGAAGCUGCCAGCUGUGCCAAGAGUUGUUUCAUUUUGUGCCUUAGCAGGAGGGAGAGAAGAAAUCCUGCAAAAUGCUAAAAUGUUGAUGGGGCAAAAAUUGGUCUAAGGGUAUUGCAACUGGGAAAACAGAAAGAAAACUAGAAGCAGAGGAAGGCACAAGGAAACAGGAUGGGAAACUUUUGUCAGAAGCACUGCGCUUGUUUGGAACCCUACGUCCCAUUCUUAUUCCCAGGGAGAGAUGGUGAGCAGAAUGAGAAAGCUGGCCAAGUCUUCACCAACUUUGCUGUGGUAAAAGAUGACUGCCAAGCAGGACAGAAUGACAGAGAGAGUAAGAUAAAACAGAAACCUUUACCUCCACUGCCUGGCCAGCAUCUGGUGAAUAUUUGCACAUUUGUGGCACUCUUCGACUACGAGGCUCGCACUGAGGAGGACUUGAGCUUCCACGCUGGGGAUAAGCUUAAAGUGCUGGAUGCAUCCCAUGAGGGCUGGUGGUAUGCUAGGCUUCUCCUGCCAACAGGCUCAGUCUGUCCUGGCCGCAAGCUCCAGGGCUACAUCCCUGCCAACUACAUAGCUGCUGACCAGAGCAUCCAAGCUGAGCCAUGGUUUUUUGGCCCAAUCAAAAGAGCAGAUGCCGAGAGACAGCUGUCAAGUCCUGGAAACCAGGCAGGAGCCUUCCUAAUCCGAGAAAGCGAAAGUCUAAAAGGCGAAUACUCACUUUCAGUUUUUGAUGGUGUGUCUGUAAAGCACUACAGGAUCAGAAAGCUGGAUGAAGGAGGCUUUUUCCUAAGCAGAAGGAAAACUUUCAAAACUCUGAAUGAGUUUGUUGACUAUUAUAGUAAGAACAGUGAUGGCCUCUGCGUCGUGCUUGGAAAGCCAUGCCCAAAGGUACAAAUUCCCACUACUUUUGAUUUGUCAUAUAAAACUGUUGAUCAGUGGGAGAUAGACCGAAAAUCUCUGAAUUUUUUGAAAAAAUUAGGAUCUGGCCAGUUUGGUGAGGUAUGGGAAGGACUGUGGAAUAAUACCACCCCCGUGGCAAUCAAAACACUAAAACCAGGUUCAAUGGAUCCAAAAGACUUUCUGAGGGAAGCACAAAUAAUGAAGAACUUGAGACAUCCAAAGCUUAUACAGCUUUAUGCUGUCUGCACUUUGGAGGACCCAAUUUACAUUAUUACUGAGCUGAUGAGAUAUGGAAGUCUUCUCGAAUACCUUCAAAAAGAUGCAGGCUCCCAAAUCUUCCUGCCACAUCAGAUAGACAUGGCUGCUCAGGUGGCUUCGGGGAUGGCUUACCUUGAAUCUCAAAACUAUAUCCAUCGGGAUCUGGCAGCCAGGAAUGUUCUUGUUGGUGAACACAGUGUUUACAAAGUGGCAGACUUCGGACUUGCAAGAGUUUUUAAGGUGGAAAAUGAAAACAUAUAUGAAGCUAGGCCUGAAACAAAACUUCCAGUGAAAUGGACAGCCCCAGAGGCAAUCCGGUACAACAAAUUCAGCAUUAAGUCAGAUGUCUGGUCAUUUGGAAUACUUCUGUUUGAAAUAAUCACCUAUGGGAAGAUGCCUUAUGCUGGGAUGCCAGGACACCAGGUGGUCCAGAUGCUGGACAAGGGGUACCGACUUCCUCAGCCAAAGACCUGCCCGGUGCCUCUCUAUGAGCUGAUGCUGCAGUGCUGGAGUGCAGAGGCAGGUGGGCGCCCCACCUUUGAGGCCCUCUGUGGGCAGCUUGAGUGCUACUUUGAGGCCGACUCCUCUGCCUAUGCCCAUGCCCAGGCUUGGUGAAAUGAACCCCCAGGCAGGGACGGAAGGACAGACCCUACUAGCAUGGCUGUGGAAUCAGCCUGAGCCCAGAUGUGGAGAUUCUUAGGGAGUGCUGAGGAAUUCUGGUAUGUUUUCCUCCCUGUGCUGGUACUCAGACAGUUCAAAUUCUUGCUGCUAGCAAGUGUUUUGUGAGACAAAGCAUCAGGGACCUGGAGGGGUGGGGGCUUCUAAAAAUUAAAAUGUCUUCUAUUUAUUUUUUAAACACCAAAUUGCAAGAAUGAACAAAUGAAAUGAGUGUUGCUCGAUAACCACUGUAGUGUUUUGUCAUUUUUCUGUUGGAAUGAUUAUUUGCUGCUCCUUAGAUUUUUUGUUCCUACCAUGUUGUUCUCAUGAAGGAAUGUGAUGACUCUGCACAGCAGGAUCUGUGCUUCCAAUGACCUCUCACUGUAAAAUAAUAUAAAAAUAAUAGCGUGAUGGUGAUGAUGGCAGAAUCCAGAUUAAUUGCCCUGCUUAGACUGUACCUGUGCUUUGCUAUAUCAGAAAAUAAAACAGAUGUUCAUGGGAGAAAAGGAAUUAUUUUGUGCUGUGGAUGCAAAGAAUGAUUCUUUUUAAUUUGUUUACUGUUCCUCUUUCACAAGAGUAAAUAUUAUUAGAUUUAAAAGCUGCUUGUUCUUAGUAUUAUUAAAUAAUGCCAUGGAACUGGUGAAUUACUGUCCACUGAGGUGUAAGGAUUUGUUUUGUAGUUCUUCAUUUUAGGGAUAUUGGAGGAAAGGAUAUUUUAACAUGAACUCAAGACUGCCUUAGCCUUCUACAGUGACACCCUUUCCCAUCCUGCUGCCAAAAUCACAGACCCUUUCCAACAGGACAAGACCCAGGGCAGAUCUAGGUAUUUUGCAGAGCAACUAGCAAUCCAUGGUUCCAUAUUCUCCAGAUGAAACUUUAAUAAAGGAGGUUUAAAUAAUAGAUGGUCCAUUUUAUUUUGUUCCAUGGGGAAAUGGAGCCCAAGUGCUUCUGCUAACAGUCUUUACAGCUACAGAUUUUAGAAUAUUUUUGCAGUUUGUCUAAUUUACUACAAUAUUGGUUCUGCUAAAAUCUGGUAUCACUCUGCCAGUUUUAUGUUCGCAGUUAGGUUUAGAGAACCAAGGUUUAAUUAUUUACUUAUGAUGCACAAGUUAAUUAUUUAACAACAUAAUCCAGGAAUUAAUAGCUGUAUUGUGCUAACAUAGUGUGAGCUCAGUAUGAGUGGUCUACCAUUUUCUUUUCAUAUAAAAAAAGGGUAUAAAUAAAUGAAAAGAUUCAUUACUUUAAA